AUGAUGAUCAACGCUGCUGCUCCCGAGGCCGCGACUCGCCUACUCCAAUUUGUUAACGCCUCACCUACUCCCCUCCACGCAGUCGCCACCGCAGCCCUCCGCCUCGAGAAGGCCGGAUUUCGCAAGCUCAGAGAAAAGGAUGAUUGGGAGAAGGACCUUAACGGCGGCGGCAAGUUCUAUGUCACCCGCAACCAGAGCUGCAUCCUUGCUUUCACCGUUCCUCAGAAGUGGAAGCCUGGCGGAGGCGUCUCCAUAGUCGCUACACACGUUGACAGCCCAAACCUGAGGGUUCGUCCAGUCUCAAAGAAGGCGAAGGUCGGAUAUCUACAGGUCGGCGUAGAAACCUAUGGUGGCGGUCUCUGGCACACUUGGUUCGACCGCGACCUCUCGCUGGCAGGCAGAAUCAUCCUGAAGGAGAAGAAUGGCGGAUUCACGUCCAAGCUCAUCAAGAUCGACCGUCCUCUCCUACGCGUGCCUUCCCUAGCCAUCCACUUGCAGAGGGGUUCUGGCGACAACUUCCAGUUUAACCAGGAGACUGAGAUGAUGCCCAUACUCGGCAUGAUCGAGGAGCAGCUUAACGCAACCGCGGACAAGAAAGGUACCGUCGAGGUGAAAGCGACGAGUGUCCAGGAGCAGCAUCACGCUGCUCUUUUGGAAGUGCUCUCUCAAGAGCUAUCCGUGGUCCCAGAGGACAUCCACGAUUUUGAGCUACACUUGUACGACACCCAACCCUCUCAGCUCGGUGGCAUCAAGAAUGAGUUCAUCUUUUCUCCCCGAAUGGACAACCAGUUCUCUUCGUUCUGUGCACUCGACGCUCUCGCCACCUUCUCCACCUCGCCCUCCUACUCCUCCUACUCCUCUUCCGUCUCCAACAAUGUCAACGCCAUCGCGCUCUUCAACCACGAAGAGGUCGGCUCCGUCUCCACCACGGGCGCCGAGUCCUCUUUGAUCCCCUCGCUGCUCUCGCGCCUUUCACCGACGCCCGCCGCGCACGCACAGACGAUCGCGCGGAGCUUCCUCGUCAGCGCAGACAUGACGCACGCGGUGCACCCGAAUUACCUGAGCAAGCACGAGGAGAAUCAUGCACCGCGCAUCAAUGGCGGCGUCGCGAUCAAGACGAACGCGAAGCAGCGGUAUGCGACCGAGGCGGUUGGCAGGUUCCUCCUGAAGAAGCUGAUCGAGAAGCGUGCUGGGAAGGUGCAGGAGUACGAGGUCCGCAACGAUAUGGCGUGCGGGUCCACCGUAGGCCCCGCCCUAUCGAAGAUCGGCGUCCGGACAGUCGACAUCGGCUGCCCGAUGCUGUCCAUGCACUCCAUCCGCGAGACCGCGGGCACGCACGACGCGCAGAGCCUGAUUGACCUGUUCACGUCGUUCUUCGAGGGCUUCGCGGAGCUCGAUGCUGAGCUCGUGGUGGAUUAG